UAUGGAGGUGAGGACUGUAUAAAAAUGAGUGAACGAGUGGGAGUCCUUCAAUUAUUGCAAGACUGCUGCGGACGGCGAGUAUUAGAUUCCUUCAUCAUUUGAUGAGAAUUGGAUUGCUGCUGGUUUGCCCUGAGCCCCGUCCGUCCCAUCAUCCCAACUUUCUCCACUCUUUUAUCCGCUGCCCCUACGAACGUAACAGCCAAGAGCUUGGAGGAGCAACACCACAAGCUCUACGAUUUCAUAGCCUCGCUUUCUCUCACUUUCUCCCUUUUCCUGUGGCUGGAUUCGUGUUUUCCUUUCAGUAGGAGAUUGAACACUCCACACUACACAUGUCAUAUUUCAACAGGGAUUGUGGUGGUUGCGACAGAAUAUAUUUGCAUUCAUUCGAGUGACUGAUACACAAAGAAUCAAUUUUACACUGCGGAUAAAGCUAUUUGCGAACGAGAUGGUUUAAUCUGUAAACUCAACUCCAAUUUAUUCGCUCGUGCACACAGAAGCAGGAAGCAGCAGCAGCAAAGAAGAUAUACGGGGAGCAUUGAAGCUUUAUAGUUGGUGGUGGAUUUGCUGAAUGCAUAAUUCGGCUUGCGGAGGAACAAUACUAAACAAGGACUUUGUCGCCCUAUUUCGAGGAAACGUCGCUGAGUCUCCUGUGAAUUUGAGAUUGGAAUUUGUACUCGAGUGUGAUGUAAGCAAGCCACAUUAAAUCAAUAAAAGUGACACUAUCUUCACAUCCCAGGAAAUAUCGCGUCCCAACAUAGCUUGUGAUGGUGGAGCAAGUAGUUGAGGGGUGAAAAUAAAUUUAUUAAGGUUCAGGGCUACGCACUGAAUUGUUAAAGCACAAAAACCGAUUUAUCCACAUCUGGAUAUAAUAAAAGAGUCCAAUCUGUCUCAAGUUUAGUUACCACCUUCUCAAGGAAAGCAACGAUCGAACAAUAAACUUGUGGCUGGGUGUUGAGUGGAUUUUAUUCAAAACUAUAGCUAUACCAUCAACCUUCCCCUAUCACCACGUACCGUUUUGUGAACAAGAAGACGUUCAGAGCAGGGAAGAAAAUAACUUCAAAGGUUUCUCAGAAAAUUCUUUGAUUCUUAACCACUGCAUCGAGUUUGUGGAUGAAAUAGGAUUGCUUUUUACGAUUUGUUGAGUGACAAAGAUAAAGCUGUAUAAUCAUAUCACUGCUACCGCGUCCUAUUGAAUCAGAGACUGUACUUAUUCAGUUGACUCUUAAUGGACAGUACCAAAGUUUGUGACACAAUCAAUUUGCAAGGAUACAUACGAAAAAUUUUUAAACGACUCAAUUGACAAUUUUUACAAAGAAAAAACAUGUCCAACAACGACGCAAAUUCAGAUCAUCAGAUGUACAUGGGGACGCUCCUGGGGAGAAAGAGGGAGCAGCCAAUGUUCACCUGCAAGGCCCAUGUAUUUCAUAUUGAUCCGAUGACGAAGAGGUCCUGGGUCCCAGCCAGCGCUACAGCCGUCGCCGUUUCAUUCUUCUACGACUCUGCGAGAGGAUUGUAUCGGAUUAUCUCAGUUGAAGGGAGUAAGGCCGUCAUCAAUAGCACUGUCACGCAAGGGAUGAACUUUACCAAAACAUCGCAAAAAUUUGGACAGUGGUCAGAUGUUCGGGCAAACACGGUGUAUGGAUUGGGAUUUCCAUCAGAGAACGAGUUGAAUUUGUUCUUUGAACAGUUCCAGGAGAUUAAGGAGGCGUGUUUGAGAUCGGGAGGAAAGCAACAUCAGUCCUCAGUCCUCUCAAAUAUCACAAAUGCAACGAUCCCGCCACCAAGUUUAACGGCAAGUCCUCUCCUCCAAAGAAAUCAGAUUUUGCAAGGACUCCAAACUCAAAGCGCAUUGCUAUCUGCAGCUUCUCAGCUACAGAAUGGUCAUCAGAAUCAUGGCCCAGAUGGUUGUGAUGCGGAUGGGAGUCACAUGAGUGAUGCGAACGCCAACUCUUUACUGAAAAUGGGUUCACCUCUGCUCUCAAAAUGUCCAGGUAUCGGGGGAGGAAAUUGCAUGGACAGUCCGAAACAUGGAACUCUCCGACAAGGAGACAAGUCCCCAGAGGCCCAACUCAAAUAUGAGAAUGAACGACUGAGACUUGCUCUCGCUCAGAGCUCUGCCAACGCAAAAAAGUGGGAGGUGGAAUUAUCGACGCUGAAAAGCAACAAUACCAGAUUAACGGCAGCUCUUCAGGAAAGUACCGCAAAUGUGGAGGAGUGGAAACGCCAACUGCAGGCGUACAAGGAGGAAAAUCAGCGAUUGAAACAGGCCACGUUGGAAGCAGAAGCAGCGAGAGGCGACUCAUCCGCCGCAGCAGAAAUUCGCAAAGAAAUUGGGUCAAUGAGGGAGAAAGUGGAUUUUUAUGUACAAACGUUGAAGGGAAAAGAGGAAGAGAUUAAAAUGUUGAAAGAUUCCAGCAAGGAAUUUAACAAUAAUGACUCAGUGAAAGAAAACGAUAUUUUGAGAGCAACUCUGCAACAAGUUCAGGAACAACUUGAGACUGUAACUGGAACUCAGGAAUCUCAGAGAAAAGUUUUGGAAACGUUGAAUUCUCAGUUGACACAAAAGAUUCGAGAUUUGACAAAUAUCCGUGAAGAGUUGUCCACAGUUUUGCAAACCUAAAUUAUUUUCAGCAGUUUCUCGCAAUUCAUACUCGAGGUGUACAUUUGGAUCAUCGUUUCUUUUAUUGAUAGGAGAUUACGUUACAUGGAGUUAUUCAUAAAACAGACUUUAAGUUAUGUAUUAUGUAUGUAAUAUAUAUAAGCGACGGGUAAUAACAAUACUAUUGUUACAAUAGUUAAUUCUAGUAAACAUCAAGUGUUGAGUAGUAUUUGAUUACGAUAAUGUACUAAUAACUACAAUAAUAAUCCCGCAUUUUCAAUAUCAUAUUACCUGGGCACAUUCAAUUUCAAAAUAUUAUUUCUUAUCAAAAUUCCUAACCACUAUAUGUUAUGUUAUGUAUGUGUUUCUGGCUCCUUUGAGUGGGUGCGGCGGGCUAAAAUGUGGCCAAAGCAUCAAACCACUCGGGGGUUCUUGUUCACUCAUGGGGAACCACCACAACAUAUCCAAAGGGCAUCUAAAUCUGAGGGGGGCAAAUAAUGAAGCUCUCCUCCAAAUCAGGUCUGACUUUGACCAUUUAGUCCUGGCUGAUGGGGCCCUUGUGUGUACAUUUAAUUCCAACAGAUCUGACCCCGCUUAGGUUUCCCAUGUUUCAUUUCCUACUUGUCGGGAACUUUCUGUAUUGUAAAUCUAUUAAUGCGUAUUAAUUAAAUAUCGAGUUUUAUUCUAAUUCUUAAUGUAUGCAUUCAGCAGCUAUUUGAAUCAUUUAAUGAAAUUGAAACUUAAUUUAGACGUUGAUACUAGAAUUUAUUUAGAGUGUGCACUGAAUUACUCUGUAAGGUUAUACAUAGUUAAACGAUUAAUCAAUGUGCAAUAAAAAUUCUUAUUUUCUGACCUUUCUUCAACCAAAA